AGCUUCCUAGGGUUUAAUCUCUCGGAGUUUGCCCCCCCUUUUUUCCGCCGAGAGCCGCCCUCCCUCGAUCCAGAGAGCGUCGCCGAGGUCGCAGCGAUGGCGUCGGAGAAGCAAUCGAACCCGAUGAGGGAGAUAAAGGUCCAGAAGCUGGUGCUCAACAUUUCCGUCGGAGAGAGCGGCGAUCGCCUUACCCGCGCCGCCAAGGUGCUGGAACAACUGAGUGGACAAACUCCUGUUUUCUCUAAAGCCAGGUAUACUGUUCGAUCUUUUGGUAUCCGGCGCAAUGAAAAGAUUGCUUGUUAUGUCACCGUUAGAGGUGAGAAGGCAAUGCAACUGCUUGAGAGUGGGUUGAAAGUGAAGGAAUACGAGUUGCUGAGGAGAAAUUUUAGUGAUACUGGAUGUUUCGGCUUUGGCAUUCAGGAGCACAUUGAUCUGGGAAUCAAGUAUGAUCCUUCCACGGGCAUAUAUGGGAUGGAUUUCUAUGUGGUAUUGGAGCGUCCUGGCUAUAGAGUUGGUCGCCGCCGCCGCUGCAAGUCUCGUGUCGGGCUUCAGCACAGAGUUACAAAGGAGGAUGCUAUGAAGUGGUUCCAAGUCAAAUACGAGGGUGUCAUCCUCAACAAGGCCCAAGCUACCACCCAAUAAUAGAUGCAUUGUUUAGUGGACAUUUUGAGGGGUCCAUCAUUUUCUGCCUUCUGAGCAAUUAAUUAGCGAUUUUGCCCAGUGACUUCUUUUUCAUCCCGUUAUUAAUGCUGUAACAUUUUCUCUUAUCUGAAUUUUAGGGAAAAAUGAGAUUGUUGUGGGUGGGUUCUAUUUUUUGUCAAGUCUUUACUGUGACUGUUGGAGGUUUUUAUCCUCAUUGCAUUUAUGGUGAAUGCUUUUUGAACACCGAGAUGAGAAUCAUCCAUCUUAUUUAUUAUGCCAAUGCCAAUUUAAGUUCCA